AAAACAAAACAAAACAGAGCGAGCCCCAGCAUUCAAACGGCCAGUUUGUGUCGGAGGCCCGGACGGGGGCGGGGGCCAGCUUUGUUCCCUGCGGUCGGGCUCGGGUGGCGGAGCCAACGAGCGAAAGAGGAAGUCGGGAGGGACAGAGAAGAUCGGCAGAGAAGGGCGCGUCGUCGGCCGUUGGCGAUCCUCCGAGUCCAGUUCACGGGCAUGGACGGCAGGCGGAAAAAGGACGCGGUGCACCUGCGCCGCGAGAUCGGCCCGGUGCCCGCCGUGUCCCUCAUCGUGGGCACGGUGGUGGGCAGCGGCAUCUUCAUCGCCCCCAAGGGGGUGCUGGCGAACAGCGCCAGCGUGGGCCUCUCGCUGGUGGUGUGGGCGCUCUGCGGGGUGCUCUCCUUGCUGGGGGCGCUGUGCUACGCUGAGCUGGGGACCACUUUCACCAAAUCGGGGGGCCACUACACAUACCUGCUGCAGACGCUGGGCCCACUUCCUGCCUUUUUACGCCUGUGGGUGGAGUUCCUCUUCAUCAGACCAGCCGUGGCCUCCUACGUGUCCCUGGCUUUCGGCCGCUACGUGGUGGAGCCGUUCUUCGCCCCCUGCGAGGCCCCCGCGCCGCUCAUCCGACUGGUCAGCCUCCUGGGAGUGACCUUCGUGGUGGCCGUCAACUGCUGGAGCGUCACCAUGGCCUCCCGCACUCAGGUCACCUUGACCUUCAUCAAGACCUUCGCGCUGGUCCUCAUCAUUGUGCCCGGCAUCGUGGCGUUGGCCAAAGGGAAGACUGAGAACUUCCAGAACGGAUUUGAGCUCGAGGCGCUGACGCCGGAUCGGCUGCCGCUGGCGUUUUACAACGGCCUGUACGCGUACGGCGGAUGGUUUUAUCUCAACAUGGUGACGGAGGAAGUGAUCAACCCGAACAGGACCAUCCCGCUGGCCAUCAUGUGCUCCAUGGUGACGGUGACGGUGCUGUACGUGCUGGUCAACGUGUCCUACUACACGGCGAUGACCCCCGGCGAGCUGCUGCUGUCCGACGCCGUGGCCGUGACUUUCGCCGGGCGUGCGCUGCAGGGCGUGUCGGCCGUCAUCCCCCUGCUGGUGGCGCUGUCCUGCCUGGGAGCUCUCAACGGGGGAUUCUUUUCCUCACCCAGGAUGCUGUUUGUGGGGGCCAGGGAGGGCCACUGGCCCCCCAUCUUCUCCAUGAUUCACAUACGCAGACACACGCCGCUGCCUGCCGUCCUGUUCCUGUACCCGCUGGUGGUGCUGAUGCUGCUCACUGAGGAGAUUCAGCACCUCAUCAGCUUGGCCUCCUUCGCUCGCUGGCUCUUCAUCGCCUUGGCGACGCUGGGGAUGCUCGUCCACCGCUACCGCUUCCCGCGGCUCCCUCGACCUUUCAAGGUCCCGCUGGUGGUCGCCGUCACCUUCACUGCGGUGUGCUUCUUCAUCGUGGGCCUCUCGCUGUACUCGGACCCCUGGAACACGGGCCGCAGCUGCGCCUUGACGCUGACCGGCGUCCCGGUGUACUACGCGGCCGUGCGCCGCUCCCGCCUGCCGCCCAGAUGCAGACGCGUGUUCGACUACUGCAGCAAGCAGCUCCAGAUCCUUCUGGAAGUGGCCCAGCAGGAGGUGAAGACCUACUAAGACAAAACCGCUUUUGCCUUUUUGAAAUCCACGUCGACGGCUUCACGUGACAUCUCUGCCUGUAGCUCUCUAGAAUACAUUCAUAAACGUUAACACACGGGCAAACCGUUUUUCACAUUGUCUUUGUGUAUGUAUGUGACACUGUUUGAAUAAACACGAGAGAACAAGUUG